CACCGUUUCAUUCUCAUGUACUAUCAGGCUUACAACGGCGUCGUCCGGUUUCUCUCAAGUCGAUUUUCUUGCGCCAAACCCUCUGUCACGAGAGCCACCACUCUCUCUCCUUCCCGCCCCCGCCCCCGCCUCCGAUUCACCUCCGCCGCACACCGCUCACACCACCACCGCGAUCUUAAAUUUCACAUAGUUAGGUAUAUUUUCGUACCCCUGAAUUUCUAUUCCAUCACAAUCAGAACACAAAUCUCGAACAUCUCUCUCUCUCUCUCUCUCUCUCUGUCUGUUCGUCUAGGCAGCAAUGGACGAGGAUACUACCACUUCCAACAUGCUUCGCCGCAUGUCAAGCCGGACUCGUAAGGUUGCGACGAAAAUGGUCGCUGCACUUGCAAGCAGCGACAAUCGAACACAGGCAGCCCUUGCUCGUCUUGAAGCUUUGGAGAAUGACAAUCCUGGAGCAGAGAUGAUAGAGAUCAACAGCGAUGACGAAGCUUCUCUUGACGACGAAGACCAAGUUUACACAAAGAAGCAGUCAAAAAGCACAAAACGUAAAACUCGUCAGGCAAAAGCACUUGAGAAUGCUAAGAAGGCCCCCAGAACAUUCCUGGAACUUUUGCAUGAGGCGAACCUGGAAUCUUUGUCUCCUCACUUGCCUUCCUAUUUAAGAGCAGCAGUGGGCCCUCCAAGCUCCUCCACACGUCGCCAUUUCUGCACUGUUUGUGGAUUCACUGCUAAGUAUACAUGUGUACGCUGUGGGAUGCGGUUCUGUGCAAUCCGCUGCCAAAAUAUACACAAUGAUACUCGUUGCCUAAAAUUUGUUGCUUGAAUCAUAAGAGGCUUAGGCUACUGAAAGUUGUAAGAUUCAUCACAUUGAAAACUUACUUUUCUAUUUCAGAGCUCUGUUUUCAUAUUGUAUACCGAGAUCACAUCUUUUGUUGCCUUAAUCUUAGCCUCCAGGGAACACAGUUUCAUGCCAA